AUGAGGAUUAUUCUUAUUUCUUGGCACUUUCUUGGGGUGUAUUCCGCCCUGUGGGAAUUGGCAGCCGGGGCUUUUCCGAGCUCGGUGCAGAUAGGUGGAUUGUUCAUUAGGAAUACUGAUCAGGAGUACACGGCGUUUCGACUGGCCAUCUUCCUCCACAACACCAGCCCCAAUGCGACGGAAGCACCGUUUAACCUGGUGCCGCACGUGGACAACAUCGAGACCGCCAACAGUUUCGCCGUCACCAAUGCAUGUGAGUACAGAGUGUGUGAGGAGCACAGGAGGCCACGCGGCGUCCGCAGGUCACCACGCUGGACUGUUUAUUACUGA